UGCGCUACUGCAUCCCGGAAGUGCUGGUGCUGCCGGAGGAGUGGGCUUGUUUGUUUGUUUGUUUGUGUUUGUUUCUAUCUGUUUUCGCGGGGUUUUCUCCUCAGGCGAACAAAGCGCCUCCAGUGACCUUGUGACCCAGUGACCCAGUGACCCGGGUUGAGCUGACCCAUGUCCGGCUUCGACCUGGUCCCGCUUGACGGCGGGGCCCCGGUGCACCUGCCGCCGGGGGAGACGGUGCUGGGCAGGGGCCCCCUACUGGGAGUCAGUGAUAAGAGAGUGUCCAGACUUCACGGGCUGCUGCAGAACCUGAGCGGCCGGCUGCAGAUCAAACCUAUGCACAUGAACCCGUGCUUCAUUCAGUCGUCCCUCGCUGACGACCCUCGACCUCUGAGGAGAGGGUCCUGGUCCCCUCUUCAGGACGGAGACGUGUUGUCUCUGCUGCCGGGACAGUUCAUCUACCAGGUGCUGGCUGUGGGCGCAGGAGAGCACACCCCCAGAAACAGUCAGACGUUUGAAGAAGAAGAAAAAGAAGAGGAGGAACGUCCCACUUCUCCUGAGCCAGAGGUGGAGCCGGCUCAUUCAAUCAGACUCCACCCUGGACAGACUCCGCCUCACGAGGAGCCAACCUCGGCAGCUCUGUCCAAUGAGGAGGAGGAGGAGGAGGAGGAGGAGGAAGAGGAAGAGGAGGAGGGUCCCAGACGUUUACAUCAGGAAGACUUCAGGCCUCCAAAGGAAGAGGAGGAUGAUGGCCGUGCUGUGUCUGUGAUGAAGAAGAGAGUUUUACCUGCGUGGAUGACGGCAGCUGUUGCUCCCAUUUCGUCCUCCAGUCCCAAAGCUCAGUCGUCCGUUAAGAGAAGUAAAACAUUCAAAUUGACCACGCCCACUGUCCCCCAGUCACCAGAGGGGGCGGGGCUUAGUGAGGAGGGGGAGGAGCAUCCUAGGAAGAGGAGGAGGAAGGAUGAUGUCACAGCCCGUCAUCAUGGCUCCAGCAGACCUGAGACAAGCAGCGAGUCCCACAGCCUCGCCAUGGAGAUGGGAGAGGAGGGAGAAGCAGGAGAGACAUCCAGGGCGACCAGCACCGCCGCCAUGACACAGGACCCUGACGAGACCGAAUCCAAGAAGGAGGACAGGAAGUCGAAAGAAGAACGACAGGGGACUCAACCAUCCUCGUCUGUCUCUGCUCGGUCACGACCGCCGUGUCCAUACGGGAAGGACUGCUACAGGAAGAACCCCGUUCAUUUCCAGGAGUGCAGUCACCCCGGGGACAGUGACUUCGAGGAGGACGAGGAGGACCAGGAGGAGGAGGAGGAGGACCGACCCGAGUGUCCCUACGGCACAGGCUGCUACAGGAAGAAUCCUCUUCACAGGAAAGAAUACAAACACACAAAGAGAGCAGCUCGAUCACACACUGUCCCCAGGAAGAGCCCAGACGAAGACGAAGACGAAGACGAAGACGAGUACGACGACAGCUUCAUCGAUGACGACAGCGAAGACGUGGGCCAGGACUCCGACUACGUCCCUCCGGACUCGGAGGACAGCAGCAAGGAGGACGUGGACAGACUGCAGAAAGAAGCUCAGGGGUUCCUGAAGAGGAGGAGGUAGAAGCCAGCUUCCGCCAGUGUUUGUCUUUGUGUCCUUUUUCAGCCGUGAGACUUUUAACGUGAUGUCAUGAUGUAACAACAUGAGGUGGGAGUGUAACUGACGGCAUGUGACUGAUGAGAACCAAUCAGGAAGAGGACGGACAUCGUUUACUAAAGUCUCAGUUUCUGUUCAGACUCAAACCCAGAGGAAAAUAAAACCAGAUUAGUUUCCAGUCUCUGAUUCAGAGACACUGAGGUGCCGCCGCCCGUCUGUCUUCAGAGACGUCUGUUGAGCUGCUGAGAGAAAACGUCUCCAUCGUCCUCCACGUUUAGUAAACGUCAGGAACAUGAGGAGUCGGCACCUGAGUGUCGACUCCAUGUUUGUUCACAUCCUCUCACGACAUUUCUGACCUCUUCAGGUCGCGCCCUGUCAUCAUGGCAACCGAAGCACAACAACUGGUUGUGAUGAUCCGGUUGAAAGAGACACACUCACACACGGGUCAGGUGGAAGGAACCAUUUGAAAUGGUCCAGUCCAGUUACGCUGCUGUGAUGAACUGAAACUGAGUUAAACUGUAAAUAAAGAUGGACGACAGCAAAACUCUCACAUCAUCUCAAUCGCCCCCGAGGGAGAAAGUAAUCGAUUACUCCUGUUAGUGCCAACAGGGAGUAAUCGAUUACUCCUCUGUUAGUGCCAACAGAGGAGUAAUCGAUUACUCCUCUGUUGGCACUAACACAGGAGUGUUCACACUCUUCUGACCACGUGAUGUAUGCAGGAGUCACCCUGACCUUACCAACCUGAGGUCACCUACAGUGACGUCAGGUUUCAGACCAACGCACUGAUUCUGUCUCUUCUCGUCUCCUCAGAAUCGUCCUCACAUGUAAAAUCAUAUUCCAGAUGUGAACAUGCAGCUGUGCUCUCACUGGAGACGAGUAUCAGUCCUUCAACUGUUUGAUUCUUGUGAUCUCAACCAAUCACAGUUCGUCUCAUCUCUCGAUCAUAACGUAUAAGUGAUAUCUCUAAAUAUGUUAUUAUCAUUUGCAGUUAACGUCAUCGGUUUAUAAAUGAAGGACUGGACAGAAACAUGGAGGCAGCUCAUUCAGUCUCCACGUGGUUUAAUAUCAAGACACUGUUUAUAUCUUAAUAACUGAUUCAAACCAAACUGAUCUGAAACACUUGAACAAUCAUCAACCUCGUCUGGUUCCAUGGUUUUCUUUGGUCCAUGUCCCAUCUGCUAACGUGGAGGAGUUUAUGAUCCAUGACGAGUCUGAACGAUGGCGUCCAGAACUGAUCCUUGGAGCAAUGCACUCUGGGAAAUCUUUAUCUUGUACUUUGAUCUUUUUUAAAUAAAGCAGUUUUUUCCACA